GCGAGUCGCGGUAGUCUCGCGUUGAGGACGUUAGCCCGCGACCGUCCGCCGUAACGCACGUAUCGGCCCACGACAACACUACCGUGGCAGGUGUCGGUGCCGUGAUGGUUUAAACCGUGUUACAGUUGGUGUGUGCUCGACUUUACAAUUAAUUAUAAUUCUGUGCGGAUUGUCGGAUACCUUCGUCUUUCACUAUGACUGAAUCAAUGCUGAAGGAGGAUCCUCUCUCCAGGAUCCAAAGAGAGAUCAUAGAAGUGACAGAAAGAGAAAGAGAAUUCAAGGAGGGACACUUUAGAAUUAACAGACUAAUGUCCGAGUCGACUAUUGAUGUGAACCAUCAGAAUGGCCACAUGAACGGUGACUCCGACCUCAAGCCGGCGAAGACCCUCAACAGAGCCGUGUCUACCUCUCACCUGCUCGGCCCGAUCGCGCCCUCACCGCCGAUCACACCCUCCGUCCUCAACACUAAUGGCUACACGCGGCGUUUCACACCGCAGACGGGAACAAAAGGAAUCAUGCAGCGAUUUAUCGCUAGUAAAGGCAAACUGCCCGCGUCUCCGGGGCCCAUACCCUCCACCCCCAUCAGCGCGCCUCUCGUGCCUCCACUCGUGUUCCCCACGUCACCCGUGGUCGUCCCGGUGGUCGCUCCUCCUCCCAUCAGCCGCACGCCAGAAGGCAAACCUGUCAGAAAAGGCUACGUACCUGUAGAAGAAAAAAUACAAAAAGAAUUGCAGGAAAUGAAAGAUAGAGAGCACGAACUCAAGAAAAUGAGAAAGAAACAAAAGCCGUACGACUUAGAGCUGAGUGACGCUGAGACCACUUCUGAGUCGGAGGACGAGGAGAUUCCAAUGCCGGGGAAACUAAAGGCGACCAAGUCAAUAGGAGAGCUCUACGAGGCUUUGAACGAGGAGUUGCGGUCGCCGUCUCCACGAAAUAGCUCGGGGCACGAAUCCAUCGGUAGUCUAAAGCCGGCGAAGUCACUGGCGGAGCUGUGUACACUUGCCCCGGGAGAAGAGUUCCUUGCGCCAAGCUCCACACGGCUUAUAGCCAAGUGGGAAUCCCUCAUACAGCAGAAACAGGAGGCUGGCGCCGCUUAAACUCGUAACAAAUGUUCGGAAAGGCUAACUGGUUUAAAUAUGUUGAUAUAACGGGCGCGUGACGCCAGUUAAACACCGUCGCGUUAGGAAGCAGCUGCCGCAUAGUGAAAUUGUAUGCAAGGCCGAAAGUGGCAAAGUUUCGGGUGGUUUCAGUUCGUGCGCUGACGAAGCUACGACAGGUGUGAGUGAAGUUUUGUAUCCAAUGAAAUAUCCUCGAUCGUAAAUUUUAUAAAAUGAAAUAUUUUUUAUAGUGCGGUUAGAGCCAUGUAUCGCUGAUCGAUUUUUUCGUCAGCCAAUCGAUUGUGGGGCAAUUAAUUUUCUCCAGAUUGCGAACAAUGCAAAUGAUGGUUAUCCGUAACAGCAAUUAUCUCGCGCUCGCGCAGUUGGAAAGCGGCCGACACACGAUGCGAACUCGUCUCUGAAGUGUGAGUAAAAUGGUUUCUUCCUAUUGUUUCACGUCAAUCCGGUGAGUUGAAAAACCUGAUAGAUUUUUUCGGUGUGGCGCCGCUUUCCCGCAGCGCCGCACUUGUGUGAGCUGUACGCCACGCGUGGCCUCGCUGUGAGAAAAUUUAUCGAGUGUAAGAAACAAGCUAAUAACACCUUGAAAUCGGCUCCCAGUAUUGUCGAGAUAUCGCACUCGCGUACAUAUUUUAUGAGCCAUUAGAUCGUGUUUCCGGUUUAGUUCGUAGAGGUACUAGUGGUAGUGGCUGUAGAGGUUUCAUUUAGUGUAGGGUACAAGUGUCUUUGCAAAGUUUUCAUAACCCCUGAGAUGAGAGGUUUUUAAAAAAGUAUUUUUACUUAGUAUUAACUUUCGCUCUCAGCUGAAGUAACUCAUUCCAAGCGCGAAACAAUAUGAUUAACUCUUAUCUGUUGUACUUUCGUUUAUUGCAUUCACUAUGCCGCGCGGCCACAUGAUUUAUUCAUCGUUUCAAAGAUUAUAGCAUUCUUUCGCAUAACGCUGAGUCGAGGCGUACCGUCGAUGGCGCGGCUUGUGUUCGACCUCUGAGAGAUUCUCUAUCAACUAGUCGAAGCUGGACUUCGGUUUUAUAUUUAUUUCAUUUAACUCUCACCCACUUCAGUGGAAGAUAACUUCAGGCCAUGGCCAUACUCGAUUCUGUGGUUCGACUUCAAAGGCCAAAUACCAAUACCUACUACAAAUGCUGAUGUGCUUUAUUUCCUUACUGCCUAAAUGCAACCGUUUGAAAAAAACUCGUCGAUAAGCAGGUAGCCUUACUUUUUCGAAUUUAUGAUACGUAUUGAGCAUGUUACGAAAAGACAGACUUAAUAACAUUAAGCCCCACUGUAGCUGGUGGAACGUGUUAGUCUAUAGUGUUCAUUGUUAGAUGUGUCAAAUAGUCUGUGCCUUACAUUUUGUACACUAGAAUUUAGCACAAUAACUAGAAUUGUUGACUAGUAAUGUGCUUCUCUUUGUAAUUUUAUUAUGACAAAGCUGUUUCUGGGAGCUCAUGAAGAUGUUAGUAAUGUUCAUUGACGAUAAUUGUCAAGUAAUCAGCAGUGAUCCAAUUUUCAAGCAGUCUCGCAGCAAUUACUAAAAAAUGAGAACAUUACUAAAAUCUCUAAUGGUGUUGCCUUAUAAAAUAAAGAAAACUUUAGUAGUUACUUCGUUAGCACUAGCAACACGCGUCACUAGUACUAAAUGUAUAAAUUAUUUAUUAGGUACUUAACGAAACAUUUCCUUUAGCAUAAUAAUAAAAUUAGUCAAUUUAAUUUAAUGGUAUAGAGAAUAGAUCAAAAUAAUAACAACUGAGAUUGAUAGAGUAUAAUUGUUGCAAUAUUUCAUAAGAUUUAGUUGUAAGUUUGUUUCUAUUUAUGAUCAGUGCCAGACGGUAUAAAAGAAGUAUUUAUUGUUAAAAAGUGGCCUUGAUAUAACAAAUUCCUAUUUAUACAAAGUUCAGCAUAAUCUUAACAAAUUGUGAUAUGAAAUUGCCUUAAAAUAUUUAUAGUAAAUCUAUUUGUAUAUGAACUGAAACUGUCUCGCGUCUCAACGGAGAGUGCGUUUUACCUUUACAACUGUCCAAAUUAGAUAUCAGAUGUUAAUUUAUGUUUGUUUAAGUAUUUUCGCAAUAAAUAUUGUAAAAGAAUA